AUGAAUUCAUCAGAUCAUCCAUAUCAUUAUUAUAGUAAUAAUAACAACCAUCAAAGGAAUAAAAGAAAAUCAACAGAAACCUAUGACUACUCUUUACUCGCAACAAACGAUGGAGAAGAAGAGGUGAUCGAUGACAAUGUUGACCAAUACUAUGAAGAAAUAGAUGACAAUCACAUAGAAUAUGAAAAUGGAACAACGGAAAACAAUCUUUCAACUCACAAGUUUCAUAUCCAACAACAGAAAAAGACAUUACCAAACCAACAGCAGCAAAAUCAACAAUUAAAAUCUGAACCACCAUGUGCGAAUUUCAAUAUUAAAUAUAAAGAUUUAUUAAAAUUGGAGGGGUACAUGGCACAAAAGAUUGAUUGUCCUGGGAGUGUAGCGGAGGAUAGUUAUUUAGAGGAAUUUAUUUUGAGGUUUGGAUUGACUCUAAAUGUUUGUACCGAUAUAGAAUGUUUCUUUGGCAGACGAUUCAUUGGUGGUUCAAUAUACAAAACACGUCAGACUGUAUAUCUACCGGAUGAGUCCAACAACAACAACAACAACACUAAUAAUAAUAAUAACAAUAAUAGUAAUAAUUUAAAUGACCCAACAAAAAUUGGAUUGAGAUGGAAAACAAGUGCUCUAAAGUAUUGUGAUAUGGUUUGUAAAUAUACUAUACUAAGAGAAGAGGACAUACAUAUGUUCCUUAAUUACCUACAUCUUGUUAAACAACCAAAUGGAAAGCUUGAUCAUAAGUCUAAAUCUUCGAUGUUAGUAAAUACCAAGGCACUUGGUGUUAUCUUUCCAAAGUUCACCAUUUACAUUUCAAAUUAUAAAUGUAAUUGUUUCAAAACUCAUCCUCAACACAACAACAACAACAAUAACAAUAAUAAUAAUAAUAAUAAUAUCAAUAGCAAUAAUAAUAACAGUAAUAACAGUAAUAAUAACAACAAUUUAAAUACAACAAUAACACAGCCACAACCAAUACAACAAUCAAAUAUUAUUCAUUUAACUGGUAGUAAUAUCAACAAUAUAGUUGAUAAUAACAUCAAUAAUAAUCAAAAUAAUAAUAUUAAUUUUAAUUCAAGUAAUAACUUUAAUAAUAAUAUACAACCAAAGAAAUCUAGAUUAUCGGAUGGAGGACAUAGUAUAAAUAAUAGUAGUAUUAAUAGUAAUAAUAGUGGAAGUAAUUCGAAUAAUAAUAGUUUACAAGGCAUUAAUAAUAAUAGUGAAAUACAAAAGGUAGCACAACUGCUUACAAAUAGUAUUAAUAGUAGUAGUCAGUUCAAUGACCUUAUGGGUAAAGUGAAUUGGUUAGAGUCGAAAUUCAAUGGUUAUAUUAAUACCAACGAAAGUAGAUAUAAUACAACCGUUCAAGAUCUAAUAAAUACAGUACAGCGAUUAUCUAGUCAAGUCGAUUACCUAUAUGCUACAAAACAACAUAAUAAUUAUAAUAACAAUACACAACCAACAUCAUCAUCAUCAUCAUCAUCAUCACCGUCCAUGAUAAGAAAUAAUAAUCAAAAACUUUAUAGUUUUCCACCUUCAUCACCUCAAAUACAACAACCACAACCACACAUACAGCAGCAGCAACAACAACAACCACAAUCUUUAAUAUCUUCACCGAUUUCAACACCACAAGCACUAUCACCAAUUCCCACAACAAUAUCAAUACCAACAGUCAAGAAACUUGGAUUCAUCUAUUCGAGUACAGAUCCAGUUGCUUUGAACCUGACCGAGCUGAAUAGAUUCAGAAGCAAUAUAGGUAUUAGUGAUCGAAUUAUGUUUAAUUGUAUCAAUUUCUUUCUGGCGAAUCAUUUCAAACACGAUUGGGAUCAUGCCAAGCUAGCUAUUUUCGACACAUUUUCCUUUUCCGACAGACCACUCGAUCUCCAAUUGAUAAGCGAAGACAACUUCAAUCGUCCACGCACAAUGUUCAGCUUGAUUCCAUUCAGCGAUCGUUCUCAACAUUGGAAACUCUAUGUGGUUGGUCACAGUAAAUCCAAUAGUGACUCCAUUGUUUCGUACGACUCUCUUGGCAGCGAUGUAGCCAAAGGCGGCUAUGUAAAGAUACCCGACUCCAUAUCGACCCAUUUCCGUUUAAUCCCAGAGAAUCAGUCGAAACGAGUUAUAUUUAGACAUCAUCCAAACACAUUGACAGUAAAUGACGAUGGGGAAACCGACACCGACCCCAAUGCAGUUGCUAGUGGAAACGAUUGUUCAGUUAAUUGUGGCCUCUAUGUUUUGGCAAUGAUUGAACACAUCAUUAAGAACUACGAUCAACUCUCUUUGUCAUCACCAGAGAGUUGUCAACUAGAGAAAAUAGAUAAAGAAUACGAUAGAAGCUAUAGUCUUCCAAUUAAACAAAUAGCUACUACAAAUAAUAACACCACAACAAACAAUAUCACAACAGCAACAACAACAACAACAAAUAAUAAUACAACUGGUUUCAAACCAUUUGGUGAGAGUGAAAUCAAUCAUAUUGUAUCGAUAUCAAGUACACCUGCAAUCUCUUCACAAACCCAACCACCUAAAUCCAAAUUUAAAUUAUCAUUACACGCCACACCAACAAGUCCAGAAAUAUUAUCAACCAAUCCAAAUCUCCCUAAACCAGAAAUUGUCCAAACCAAACCACUCGUUGAUCUCGACUCAAUAGCACUAACGGCCAACAACUUUUAUACUUCAAAGUCACGUGAUAGAGUAGAGUACAACUACGAUGUUCCGAUGCAAUACGACGAUAUAAAGCGUGACUGGAUGGGUGGCAUCAAAGAGUUGACCGGUGAGGAAUUCGAUGAGACACUGAUCACCGUGUUAAACAUCCGUAAGAACUUUUCAUUGAUAUCAAUCAUGGAUAGACAAUCUGGAGUUCUUAAACCAAUUUCAACGGUUAUUCCAUUUCCUUUAAAUUUCGAUAAUCAAAAGUUUGGUGAAAUGUAUAAAUCCUAUAAUAAGAUUAUGAUUUUAGCUAGAGAUUUGAAUACACAGAUCGAAGUACCAGAGUUUGUAGUAAUUGGAAAAGACAACGUUGGUAAAUUCUCUUUGAUUCAAACUUUUAUUGGUUAUCCAUUGGGCGAGAUCACCUCAACUCUUCGUCCAAUCCUCAUAAAUCUCGUCAACAAUCCAGCAUACGAUCAACCACACAUUCUCUUCAAACGCGAUCGUUUCCUCAAGAAUUUUGAAGUAGACAAAGAAGUAGCUCUCGACCAGGUAGCUCGUGAAAUCGCCACCAGAAAUGUCGUGUCAACCGUGCCAAUCAAGAUUCAAUUUGAAUAUCGCUACUGUUUGAAUAUGCAAUUCAUCAACUUGCCAGAGGCAUCCGAUGAGGAAACCAUUCAAACUUUUGCACGUCCCGCUCAGAGAAUGUUGUUGUUUGUCGAACAGUCCGGACCCUCUGUUUCUAUGGUGGAUAGCGCCAAGCGUUACGAUCCAAAAUUGGACCGUUCCAUCUUUGUUUUCACUGGAUUCUCAGAGUUCCUCAAGACGUUCACAAAUGCCCGUGAUUUGAAUCGUGCACUCUCCCAGCCAAACGCCGAUGCCCUCACUUUCUUCUUGACACUUCCAACCACCGCUGCCAACAAGUCGGCAUUGAACGAAGCCAUUCUCCAACUUCAAAAUCGUGAUGCUGAAGUGUUGGAACAGCUCCAAUACGACCGUCGUUUCGAACGUUCCAUUGGUUUGACAUCGUUCCGUCAUGCAAUCAGCGAGUUGACAUGGCGUCGUUAUCAAGAGGCAAUUCCAGAGGUUUUGAAGCGUUUGCGUGCAUUCCGCAAGUCAAGCGAAGAGCAACUCUCCAAGUUGAAGGGACAGCUCGACAAUAUGAAUGCCGGUAAACUCCGUAUCAUCGCUUCCAACUAUGUUAUGGAAUUCCUCCAAUCCAUUGAGAAGCUAGUUGUCGGAACACUCGAAGGUAAUCCAACUUUGAACGGUCAAACACUUAGUGAAGAGAAAGCACAAGAUGAAACUGGUGAUUGGCGUGAUCAAAAUCAUCGUCCAAUUAUUUUGAAUUCUUCAUCCGUACAAUUCGCUGACUCAAAGGUUUAUGGAGGUCAACAGUUUGAACGUCUUCUAUCGGAAUUCAAAGCUAUCUCUGAUAGCGUUGAGUUGGCACCAUUGUCAGCCGACGAAGUUGCUACAUCACUCGGAUCGAACCGUCCAAACAAUGUCUCUGUUCUUGCAUGGGCUGCUAGUGAUCUCGCUCAAAAGAAGUCAAAGGAAGCAUUGAAACCAUUGGUCGACCAACUGUUCCGUCGUGCCAUUUACAUCUUGCGUCGUCUCGUUGAUAUUGUCGAUCGUAUGAUUGAGAACAAACGUCGUAUCCAAUUGCGUCGUGCAGCUUCCUCACCAACAUUUGACAGUGCUCCAAUCACUCUCAAUAGCUUGCGUCCAGGUGGUAUCUCUGUGAAUAGCCACAGCAGCUCUUCCAGUCACCAUUCGUCAAGCGCCAACAGCUCGUCGCUUGUCAACAUCGACGACCAUCCAUACUUUACUCACUCCAUCAAGGAGAUGUACUUUAAGUUUAUCGACCAGAUCGUUAUGACCUGUAAGAGCAAGUGUAUCGAUGAAUUCUACACUACUCGUCUCAUCUAUUGGGAGUUGGCCAACAACGACGACUUGAAGUCGCUCUCUGAAGACAAACAAACCGACACCCAAGCCAUCGUCAACAAGUUGGCAGCCAAGUUGUUCCGUGAUAUCAAGUCACGUAUCACCAAGAACAUCAUGUUGAAAUGCUACAACUACUUCUUGAUUCCAAUGCAAACCGACCUCUGGGGUGAAGUACAAGGAAAGAUCACCAUCCUCUCUGACGUUAUGUUGGAAGAACUCUUUGAAGUCUCAGUCACCAAAGACAGACUCAAAGAAGACGAAAGACACCUCAACCAAAUUACAAAUCAAUUCAUCCAACAAGAGGAAGGUUUCCUUACCGCUGCAAAUACAUUCAGUCAUCCAGUAUUCUAA